GGCCGCGGCUCCUUCAAGACCGUCUACAAGGGGCUGGACACGGAGACCACCGUGGAGGUGGCUUGGUGCGAGCUGCAGACGCGGAAGCUGUCGAAGACAGAGCGGCAGCGGUUCAGCGAGGAGGUGGAGAUGCUGAAGGGGCUGCAGCAUCCCAACAUCGUUCGCUUCUACGACUCCUGGAAGUCAACCAUCAAAGGGCAGAUCUGCAUUGUGCUGGUCACAGAGCUCAUGACAUCUGGCACCCUGAAAACGUACUUGAAGCGGUUUAAGGAGAUGAAGCUGAAGGUGCUGCAGCGCUGGAGCCGGCAGAUCCUCAAGGGGCUGCAUUUCCUGCACACCCGCUCCCCUCCCAUCAUCCACCGUGACCUCAAGUGUGACAACAUCUUCAUCACGGGCCCCACGGGUUCGGUCAAGAUUGGGGACCUGGGCCUGGCCACACUUAAGCGAGCCUCCUUUGCCAAGAGUGUCAUAGGCACCCCCGAGUUCAUGGCACCAGAGAUGUACGAGGAGAAGUACGAUGAGGCGGUGGAUGUCUACGCCUUCGGGAUGUGCAUGCUGGAGAUGGCCACCUCAGAGUACCCCUAUUCUGAGUGCCAGAACGCUGCCCAGAUCUACCGCAAGGUCACCUCGGGCCUGAAGCCCAGCAGCUUCUACAAGGUGAAGGUGCCAGAGCUGAAGGAGAUUAUUGAAGGCUGCAUCCGCAUGGACAAGAAUGAGAGGUACACCAUCCAGGACCUGCUGGAGCACUCCUUCUUCCAGGAGGACACGGGGGUGCAUGUGGAGCUGGCUGAGGAGGAUGAUGGUGUCAAGUCUGGGCUCAAGCUCUGGCUGCGCAUGGAUGACACAAAGAAGCUGCACGGCAAAUACAAGGACAACAAUGCCAUCGAGUUCCUCUUUGAGCUCCACAAGGAUGUAGCAGAGGAAGUGGCCCAGGAGAUGGUGGUCCUGGGCUUCAUCUGUGAGGCCGAUUACAAACUGGUGGCCAAGGCGGUGAGGGAUCGUGUGGCUGCCAUCAAGCGCAAGCGGGAGAAGCUGAAGCGUGUCCAGGACGUGCCAUCACCUGCGGAGCCAGAGCAGCCGCCGGGUGUCCUGCAGCUGCUGGAGGAGCUCAAGUCCCCACGGCCACCCGGUGCCCCCGCGCCUGCCCCAGCCAUCCCCGGCUCCAGGGACUCCGUCUUCAGCAGCACCUUCCCCCCGGAGCCUGAGGAGCCCGAGGCCGACCAGCACCAGCACUUUGCCUACCAGCACACCAGCUACUCCUCGGCCACCUCUGACUGUGAGACAGAUGGAUAUCUGAGCUCCUCCGGCUUCCUGGACUCCCCAGACCUGGCCCACCGCAGUUUUGUGGCUGGGGACCCUGCCAGCCCUCCUCCCACCCGGCCCGUGCGCUGCUUCCCCACGAGCAUCGCGGUGCAGCUGCCCACAGAGCGCUUGCCCCCCGCUAGCGGCUUCUCCUCCCCGGUGGACAGCUACACCUCAGAUGUGGCAUCAGGCAUGAGCGAUGGCUGCGAGGGGCUCUCGGCCAGUGAGCAGAGCACGAAGCUGCCGCCCAAGCGAGCCUCGGGGAAGCUGCUGCGGCGCCGAGCCCGGUCCAGGCUGCGCAUAACCAACAUCUCCGACAAGAGUGACCGGGUGGUGGAGUGCCAGCUGCAGACCUACAACAACAAAAUGGUGACCUUCAAGUUUGACCUGGAUGGGGACAACCCGGAGGAAAUUGCAGCUGUCAUGGUCCACAACGAGUUCAUCCUCAAGUCGGAGCGGGAUGGCUUCAUCAACCGCAUCCGGGACAUCAUCCACCGCGUGGAGACCCUGCUCCGCAAGGACGGGCGCAGCGGCGCCGAGCUGCCCAGGAGCCCCGAGGCUGAGGGUGGCGUGGGCAGCCCCGUGGACCUGCAGCUGCAGGGGCUCUCGCGCUCCAUCUCCUCCUCAUCCUCGCUCAGUGAUCUGAGCUGCACCAGUCCCAGACUUUCUGUGCAGUCCCCCGUCCCGCCAUCAUUGAGCCGCUCCCCGUCAGAGACGGACCUGGCCAGCCCUGUAGAGGCACCCAGAGCCCCGGCACCGCUGGAGGCCCCCGCAGGCUCCGUGCAGACCUGGCCACUCAUCUCAAUGGCUCCCUCCUGGCUCACGUCGUCACCGGUGUUCCCACAGACCCCCACAAGGACCUCAGAGGGGCCUGUCCCACCGGCCCUGCCCCAAGCACUCCUAUCCCCACAGCCUCUCCCCACGUCCCCUGUCUCCUGUGAGCUCAGCAGCCCCCUGAGCCCCCCUGUGACCAGCACAUCCUGGUCCCCCACCACUCCCCUCCUGACCCUGGCCAACGUCUUCUCCUUGGCAGUGAUGAGCGUGGCCCAAACGCUGCUGCCCACUGUCUCCCCUAUCGCCAGCUCAGGUGGGCACCUCUACCCUCCACUGCUGCCACGGCCAGAGAGUCUUGUCCUGGGGGCCCCACGCUUUGUCUACCCCGACCCCACAAGCACAGUCAAGCCAGUCCCAGCUGGCAGUGGGAUCCUGGAGUCAGCAGGGGCUGACGUCCCCACUGCUGGGGGGCCCAUAUCCUUCCCACCCCCAGCACCAGCCCCAAUGUACCCCACAGACAGUGAGGCCAUGGGCAGUCCCCUGCCACCGCUGAGCUCGUCCACGCCAGGGAGCCCAGAGGGCAGCACGGUGCCACCCUGUGUCCCCAAGCCCAGCCAUUCACUCAUCGUGUCGGAGUUGCCGGCCCCCACCGUGCGCACGGCCCAGCUCUCACCCAUCAACGAAGAAGCCAAGCCCCAGGUGCUGGGCCGGUUCCACGUGAUACCAACCAAGGACCUGCCUGUGCCCUCCCCUGUGCAAAAUGGGAGCAGCAGCGAGGGAGAACAGCAAGUGGGGCCAGUGAGUGGCUCCCCGCCUCCCAUGGUCCCUGACACGAGCCACAGCUCAAGCAACGACUCGGAUGCAGUGCUGGAGGCAGCGGAGCAGGAAGCCAAGGCUGAGGAGGUGCUGGCCAAGGAGGGCACCAUGCCAGUGGCACCGCUGGAGAGCGACCAGGAAGGCCCUGGGGAGGAGGGCACAGACAGCACCCCCCAGGCCGUGCUGAGCCAGGUGUGGCUGAGCUACCCCCGCAGCCUGACCUAUGUGAGCAGCGACGACACCGAGAGCGAGGACGAGGAGAUCUGGGAGGAGCUGCAGAACCUGCGCCAGAAGUGA